UUAGGUCGCUUCACUUUGGCGCAUGCGUAGCAAACGUUUCGCUAUGGCUGCCACAGGCUGGCCAGGCUUUGCAAAGAGUUUGAAAGGUGUCAUUUUGGACUUGUGCGGAGUUUUGUAUGACAGCGGAGAGGGCGACGGAGUUGCCAUUCCUGGAUCUAUCGAAGCUGUAAAAAAGCUCAAAGCAUCUGAUCUGCAGCUGCGCUUCUGCACCAACGAGACGCAGGCGACCAGAGAGAAGUUUGUUGCCAAAUUGCAAAGACUGGGCUUUGACAUUUCUGUGUCUGAGGUUUUCCCUCCUGCGCCCGCAGCCAUUGCUGUUGUCAAGCAGAGAGGUUUACGGCCUCACCUGCUGGUGCAUGAUGGACUUCUUCAGGAUUUUGAUGGUGUUGACCAGACCAACCCAAACUGUGUAAUCAUUGGAGACGCAGCUGAACAUUUUUCCUACCAGAACCUAAAUGAGGCAUUCAGGGUCCUCAUUGGCCUGGAGAAUCCAGUGCUGUUCUCUCUUGGUCAAGGGAGGUAUUACAAAGAGACCGAUGGGCUGAAAUUAGAUGUUGGUGCUUACAUGAAAGCUCUUGAGUAUGCUUGUGAUUUAAAGGCAGAGGUAAUCGGGAAGCCCUCUCUGACUUUUUUUCAAAGUGUCCUGAAUGACAUGGGACUUAAACCACAUGAGACUCUGAUGAUUGGCGAUGAUCUCGUAAAUGACGUGGGAGGAGCUCAGUAUUGUGGCAUGAAAGGUGUGCAAGUCAGGACUGGUAAAUACAGGCCAAGUGAUGAGAAGCACCCUACAGUAACCGCUGAUGGCACUGUGGACAACCUGGCUCAGGCUGUGGACAUGAUUCUCAAGCAGAGAGGCUUUUGAAUUAAACCGAAGUGGAGCCCGAGCAGCCUCCACCAGUUCUGACGAGUAUUUCCCAGUAGUAUUAAAAUGUAGCUUGUUAAAAUGUUGCUUCACAUUGGGAGUGGACACUUGUGCUGAGCUAACUCAAGAAAAAUGUCAAAGCAAUACAGGAUAUGUUGUGUCAACUCUCACAGCUCACCGUGCUCUCAGAUGUGGGAAAGGAUCAGCCAUCUGCUGCCCCACGUAGUGUCACACUAGCUCCAGUGAAUUCCCUCCUGAGAGUUGCGAAUGCUUCAGAGCUGCACCGUGCAUUUGUCGCCGUGCAAUUGGCAUAGACGUGAUACCUCAAACUGACACGAAUGUGCCUGUAACCAGCUGCUGAUUGACAGUUAGAUGAUGAAAGUAAUGCUGUGUGUGUUCAGACUCUGCUACUGUUACACUGCCUAGGAAGCUUCUGGACACGAGUGCACCCACACUGCAGAGUCGUGCACAAAAUUAAUCUGAUGUCAUUUAAUCAAUUUUCAAGUGUAAGAAAGCUAAUACAACGUAUAUUUGAUGGUUAUGAAUAAAUAUGUGUAAAUGUG